AUGGAAACAAUUAAGAGUAUCAUUAAGGAUAUAGAUGAUGAUCACUUUUCUAUCUUAGUUGAUGAAUCUAGUGAUGUGUCAUGUAAGGAGAAAAUGACUAUUAUUUUGCGUUACGUUGAUAGAAGGGGAAGCAUGAUGGAGCGAUUUAUGGUUAUUGUUCAUGUUCGUGAUACUUCUGCAUUGUCUCUAAGGAAUGAAAUUGUUAGUUUACUUGCUCAACAUUCUUUAAGCCCAUCUUCUAUACAUGGACAAUGUUAUGAUGGAGCAAGCAACAUGCAAGAGAUGAUUCGUGAAUCUCAAGCAGAAGAAAUAGAAGAGGCAUUACGUAAAGGGGAGCUUGAAACUGGUAAGGGUUUGAAUCAAGAAUUGGGUCUUGCUAGAGCUGGUGAUACUCAAUGA